CUGAACCAGCCUCUUCAAUUCCUGCGCGCCCAAAUGGCUUCCGGCAAGAUCACGCUCGCCGCCGCCAUGGCGGCCCUCGUCGUCGCCGCUCUUCUCCCGGCGACGGCGUCCGCGGCGGCGUACACCGUCGGCGACGGCUCCGGCUGGGACCUCGGCAUCGACUACACCGCCUGGGCCAAGGGCAAGAAGUUCAGAGUCGGCGACACGCUCGAGUUCCUGUACUCGCUGGGGGAGGCGGAGCACAACGUGGUGGUGGUGGACGCGACGAGCUACGCGUCGUGCUCCGUGCCGAGCAACGCGCCGACGUUCACCUCCGGGGACGACACGAUCACGCUGACGGCGCCCGGGGAGUGGUUCUUCAUCUGCGGCAUCGAGGGGCACUGCCAGGACGGCAUGUACCUCGACAUCAACGUCCACUGAUUCGAUCUUGUUGCCAAGCGCUUGCUCUCGCUGACGCUGCUCAUGUGUCAACAACGGCUCGGAUCGAUCAGCUGGUCAGGACUUGGCACCGGCGCACGUAAUUAAUUGUACGAAUAAAAUGUGCAGUCAUCUCAGACUUCAGACAGUGUAUUCUUACCUCAUACGAGAUAUAUAUUCCUUUUGUUUAUUCUUA